ACGAUAGCCCACCGGCCGAAGAGUUCUCCCCACCCUCUCUUCACGGAGGCAUCCCGGGCUUUGGCCUCGAGCAAGGGCAGAUCAGCAGACGCGUGCAUGGUGGGGGCUGGGCGGGGCCGGCCCCAAGCACCCCACCCCAGGGAGCCGCCGGAGUCCUGACGUCCCAUCUGAGCCAGGUGAGAGAGAGGAUGGUCAGCGUGGAGGCGAGCAUGCAGACCUCCGUCCUGGCCUGCUGGCAGCCGGUCCUCCUCCUGGUGCUGGCUUCGGUCCUGUCGGGCUCCGCCACGGGCUGCCCGCCCCGCUGCGAGUGCGCCCCCCAGGAGCGGGCCGUGCUGUGCCACCGGAAGCGGUUCGUGGCCGUGCCCGAGGGCAUCCCGACGGAGACCCGGCACCUGGACCUGGGCAAGAACCGCAUCAAGACGCUCAACCAGGACGAGUUCGCCCACUUCCCUCACCUGGAGGAGCUGGAGCUGAACGAGAACGUGGUGAGCACCAUCGAGCCGGGGGCCUUCAACAACCUGUUCGGCCUGCGCAGCCUGGGCCUCCGGAGCAACCGGCUGAAGCUCAUCCCCCUGGGGGUCUUCACGGGGCUGAGCAACCUGACCCGGCUGGACAUCAGCGAGAACAAGAUCGUCAUCCUGCUGGACUACAUGUUCCAGGACCUGACCAGCCUGCGGUCGCUGGAGGUGGGGGACAACGACCUGGUGUACAUCUCCCACCGGGCCUUCAGUGGGCUGGGCGGGCUGGAGCGGCUGACGCUGGAGAAGUGCAACCUGACCUCGGUCCCCACGGAGGCGCUGUCGCACCUGCACGGCCUGGUGGAGCUGCGCCUCCGCCACCUGAACAUCCAGGCGGUCCGGGACUAUUCCUUCAAGCGCCUGUACCGACUCAAGGUCCUGGAGAUCUCCCACUGGCCCUUCCUGGACACCAUGACGCCCAACUCCCUGUACGGCCUCAACCUGACCUCGCUGUCCGUCACCCACUGCAACCUGACAGCCGUGCCCUACGUGGCCGUGCGCCACCUGGUCUACCUGCGCCUGCUGAACCUGUCCUACAACCCCAUCCGGGCCGUGGAGGGCUCCAUGCUCCCCGACCUGCUGCGUCUCCAGGAGGUACACCUGGCGGGCGGCGGGCGGCUGGCCGCCGUGGAGCCCCAUGCCUUCCGCGGCCUCAACCACCUGCGCGUUCUCAACGUGUCGGGCAACCAGCUGACCACGCUGGAGGAGUCGGCCUUCCACUCGGUCGGCAACCUGGAGACACUGAUCCUGGACGGCAACCCGCUGGCCUGCGACUGCCGCCUGCUCUGGAUCUUCCGCCGCCGUUGGCGCCUCAACUUCCACCGGCGCCAGCCCGCCUGUGCUGCCCCGGAGGCGGUCCAGGGCCGCGAGUUCAAGGACUUCCCCGACGUGCUGCCGCCCGCCUACUUCACCUGUCGUCGGGCCCGGAUCCGCGACCGCCGGCCGCAGCGGGUGCAGGUGGACGAGGGCCACACCGUGCAGUUCGUCUGCCGGGCCGACGGCGACCCGCCCCCCGCCAUCCUCUGGCUCUCCCCGCGCAAGCACCUGGUCUCCCCAAAGACCACCGGCCGGCUGACCGUCUUCCCCGACGGGACCCUGGAGGUGCGUUACGCCCAGCUCCGUGACAACGGCACCUACCUGUGCGUGGCCAGCAACGCCGGUGGCAACGACACCCUGGCCGCCCACCUGCACGUGCGCGGCUACUCCCCGGACUGGCCGGCCCGGACCAACAAGACCUUCGCCUUCAUCGCCAACCAGCCCGACGAGAGCGACGCCAACAGCACGCGCGCCACCGUGCCUUUCCCCUUCGACAUCAAGACGCUCAUCAUCGCCACCACCAUGGGCUUCAUCUCCUUCCUGGGCGUGGUGCUCUUCUGCCUGGUGCUCCUCUUCCUCUGGAGCCGCGGCAAGGGCAACACCAAGCACAACAUCGAGAUUGAGUACGUGCCGCGUAAGGCGGACGCCGGCGCCGGGGGCUCGGCCAAUGCCGACGCACCCCGCAAGUUCAACAUGAAGAUGAUCUGAAGGGGGGCAGUGGCGGCGGGUGGGGCGCGGUCGCGAGGGCGGCGGGGAGCGCUAGGCCCAUGCCGCUCCUCCUUCCAACCCCUUCCUUUCUACAGCUUCCCUCCCUGUUUCCUCCCUGCACCCCUCUCCCUCCAUUUCCCGCCUUCCUCUUUCCCUCCCUU